GCACAGCAGAGGAGGAGCUGGAUAUUUCCCUCCUUCACCAGUUUUGGAAUUCAAGUGCAGACCGUUCCAGCAGUAGAAGUUAGAGCUUGAAAAGGUUUGAAGAUGAAGAAACUGGUGGUGUUCUUGCUUUUUCUGGUUCUUUUCACCAUCUACACAGAUGCCAACCCCAUCAUCAAGGAAAGCCUUGCCAAGCAGCUCCUGCGUAGCAAGAGACAGGAGAGGCCAAGGACACCAGGCCAUCCCGAUGAGCCCAUGAGGGAGCACAUGCUUCACAUGCAGGCUCUGGACCAGAGAGCACAGGAGACCAACUUGGAACACUGGCUCAACCCUCACUGCUACCCACGCUGUGACAGGAACUAUGGAUACCCGGUCUGAUGAUGAGCAAAAGAAAUCGGCAGCGUCAACAUAAUUAAACUGACGAGAAAUGGAAAGACCUCCUCAAACAGACCCCUGAAUAAAGCGAUAGUCAAGAGUUUUAAUUAUCUUAUCAUGCAUGUUGAAUUGUUAGAAUAGUAUGACUUGAAAUAUAUUUUAUCGUGGUAAAAUGUAAGUGGAAUGACUGAAUUAAAAAAAUAUAUCAAUCACGAUUAAA